GCAGUGCACACACACUUCUUUCCAGAAGGCAGACAGCAAUGCUCAGUCUACUGACAGGCGAGCCAGCAGACCGACAAGAAGUCAGGACAUAUUCUCAUAGCACUAACAGACGGUAACAGCACCAGUGGGUCUUCUGAAGCCCACUUUCGCUCUCCUGGGUGUGAUUGCUCCUGAAUGCACAUUCAACCUCGUCUACUGUUGGCAGUGAAGACCUGCAGAUGCACUCAACCACAGACUUACUUCUCAACCCUGCGUCUGUCUCAACACUCACACCAAAGCCGCGGGAAGAGGAUACACAUGUUUUAUUGACAGAGCUACAGGUGGUUUGAGUUUGAGUCUCUGGUGGACUGGGAAGGUUUAUUCCUGUGAGGUGAGCUGUGGCGUCUUUGGAGCCAGUAUGUUGCUUAUUGUUGUGGCAUGUUUGUCAUUCAUCCUGCUGGGCUUCGGGCAGGCUCAAGUUGCCACACAGACUCAGGGGCAGAGCCAGAGACGGGCCCAGGGACAGGACAGCUCUGCCACUCCAUGGAGGCAGGUGAUUCAGUGGGAGAACAAUGGCCGGGUGUUUAGCCUGCUGAACAGUGGAGCUGAAUAUGUCCCAGCUGGGGCAGGGGCCCAGGACAGAGGUCCUAGGGUAGUAGUGGCAGACUCUCGUCCACGCUCUUCAGGCAGACCUCAGGGAGGCAAUGUACGCCGACAGGCUCCAUCAAGAGGAUCCUCUGAGACUGUUCGUGGGCAGGCAAGGCAUCCUUUUGGCUUUGGGCAAGUGCCUGAUAAUUGGCGACAAACCACAAGCAGCACAGGUGGUAGCCAGUUCCAGGGAUCCUCUAGCACCCGCUUUAGGCCAUCUACAGGCUCUUCAUCGUCGUCAUUUUCAUCAUCAUCUUUUUCUUCAUCCUCCUAUAAUGUACCGUCCUACCCACAAUAUCCAUUUCCUCAACAGCCUCCCUUCCAACCAAUACCUUAUGACCCUGGUGUUUUGGAGGGACCAGUUAGGAGCUAUGAGCCUCCGUUUCAGCCUGUUGCCGGUGGGGGAUAUGGCGGUGGAGGAUACGGUGCUGGCCGGGCUUACACUGGAGGAGGGUAUGGAGGUGGUCUAGGCCCAGUGCUCCCAGGCUCUCCAUCUGAUUUUACUGACGAUGGCUACCAUUACUACCAGUCUUACAGCUACGGUCCCAAUCCUGCUGUGCCUGCACAUGCUGCCCAACCACCAUUUACAGAUGGUCUGGACCACAGAUACACCCACAGUCUCUACAAUGAAGACACUGCUCCUGCUGUCCCUGCCCCUGAUGCCAAUCAGGCUACACCUGUGUUAGUGGACAGGACAGGACCAGCCAGUCAACCACAAAUCAGGAGCCCUCAGUAUGAGCAGUUUCCUCCAUUUGGAAGACCCCGGCCUCCUUUCCUACAGCCCAUUCCUCCAGGCAGGAAUUCUCCAAACUCUGCCCUUGAGAACCCCAGUAUGAAUGCUGGGAGUGUGUACCGACAAGAACAGAGAGGUUUGCCUGACUUGGUUCCUGACCCCAACUAUGUCCAGGCUUCCACAUAUAUCCAGAGAGCCCAUAUGUAUUCUCUCCGCUGCGCUGCAGAGGAAAAAUGUCUGUCAAGCUCUGCCUAUAGCCCUGAGACCACCGACUAUGAUGUAAGGGUCCUGCUGCGAUUCCCACAGAGGGUGAAGAACAAGGGCACUGCCGACUUCAUGCCUAACAGGCCACGUCAUACCUGGGAGUGGCAUAGCUGUCAUCAGCACUACCACAGCAUGGACGAGUUCAGCCAUUAUGAUUUGCUGGAGGUCAGCACAGGACGUAAAGUGGCAGAGGGUCACAAGGCUAGCUUCUGUCUUGAGGACACCACCUGUGACUUUGGUCACCUGAAGCGCUAUGCUUGCACCGCUCACACGCAGGGUCUGAGCCCUGGCUGCUACGAUACAUACAAUGCUGAUAUUGACUGCCAGUGGAUCGAUAUCACGGACAUCAAACCUGGAAACUACAUACUAAAGCUCCAGGUUAAUCCCAAAUUCUUGGUGCUUGAAUCAGACUUUACCAACAAUGUGGUCAGGUGUAACAUACACUAUACAGGACGGUUUGUUACCACAACCAACUGCAAGAUAUCACAGUCUUGAUCAGGCACUGGAAAGCUGCCACACUAGAGUGACCCUGAUUGCUAUUCCAUUGAAAUGUGAAUGGAAUCCAUUUGUUGUUGGUUCAUUGUUGAUGGAGUUUGUCUGUACUAUUUUAUGCUGUUUUGGUAUCCUGGACCCAUGGCAAACAAGGGCUCCACCAGCACUGAUGAGAAUGUGGGGGUUUAAAGAAGACUCAUACACACUGUUGCGCAAAGCAUAUUUCACACUGAUAUCCCAAUAAUGAACCAACAGUUCAGUUCUCUGCAAUCUACAGUGUAAUACUGUCCAACCAACUCUAUUUCUCAUAUUGCAACUCUAUCAGUCUGGUUUGGUUACAUGCUAGGACACAUCACAGACUUUCAAAAGAGGUGUUUACUGUGUAUCUGCGCAAAUAUACAAAUAUCUAUGCACCCCCCUGGCAGAGUGGCUUUGUUUGAAUUAUAAAUAAAGCGUGAAGUGGUGCUGGUUCUGAAAUGAGUGGCUCCAGACAAGUAAGGGUUCAGCAGAAAUCCAGCAAAUAAAAUUAGGGAACAGAGUCUUCCCAAGUGCAUUCAUCCAUGCCGUGUGGGGACAGACAGAGAUGCCCAGUGACUCAGAAGAACUAUAACGUGUUAGGCUUUUUUCUUUUUUUUUUUCUUUUUUUUUUUCUUCCUCUCCACUGCCUCAGUGGGUCAGGCUGGGAUACUGUGAUUCUCUGGGCACAUCCUGUUUAAUGUUGUGUUAACAGCAAGAGGAAGAAAGCAGGUCCUAUUUUCAUUUGUCAGCUCCAUCAAAUUGUAACUCAGCAUAAAGACAGACUGUCAGUACUGGGUGCUACACUUCUCCAAGUCUUUGAAUAUACACAUUGUGUCCCCAUUCGUCCUUUCUUAUUUCAGUAAAACAGGAACAGGAAGCUCAACUGGCAGAAAAGGGUGCUUUCCAGAAAACAAGACUCACAGUAUGUAAGCUGUAUGUUUACACUGCCUUGGGGUCUUUUCUUCAACUACCAACACUGGUCAGAUGGCACAUAGGUCAUCUAUACCUUCUGAAGAAUGUAUAUACAAAUACUCCACUGAUGCAUGACUUUAAUGAUGGAGAUUAUUUUGUUGUAACUGAUUGUACUUUGUUUAUCCAUUUUGACCUGUUACUGUAAUUUGUGAAAUCUAAUGAAUUUAUAUAUUUUCUUGAUAAUCUGAACUAUUCAAUUAGUAUGUGUUGUUGGAAAAAAAAACACUACUGCUAUAGAUUUCGUAUUAUAAUGCAGACUUCCAGAAAGCUGUCUCUACCUA